UUAUGAUACUAUAUUUUUUGAAUGCCUACAUAAACACACUUUUCCACAGGUAGAUCUGCCUCAUAUUACAAAACGUAAAAAGAUACAAACUUGUCUACCCUCCCUUUUUGUUUAUAACCAUAAAUCUUUUGUUAAAAGGUGGACAACAUUCCUUUUCUUGUAUUAAUGAAAAGGAAGUAUUUUGUUUCAGAAAAAGUGGAAACUGGGAACAUGAAAUACCAAUGGAUAUACUUAUUUCUAAAAUGCAUGCAUUUUAUCUGUAUAAAUACAGAUGCAAAGUCCUUGGGAAGAUUUAUAAAACAUUAUGAAGAGUUAGAAUACAGUACUAAAGACUUGCAUUGUUUGGAUUUACUUUCCAAGCGAUCCCCCACCAAUGAACCGUUCCAGUUUGCUUUCAAUGCAUUUCAACGAGAUUUUAUCGUCGUUUUGGAGCCAGAUGAGUCUGUAUUUAGUAAAGAUGCAGCAUUAGAGAUUACUGGUCCUUCAGAUACAUCACAUAUAUAUGUUGGACAUGUGAAAGGAUAUAAAGGCAGUCGAGUAUAUGGAUACAUUUUGGAAGGAUAUUUCAAUGGAUCGAUCAAAAUUCCACAGGAAACGACAUAUUACAUAGAACCAGCCAAAAGAUUUAUUGGUAUAUUUAAAGAGGAUCCCAAAGCACAUUCUGUUAUUUAUAAACAGGAGGAUAUUGUUUCAGAUAUGCAAAGGUUUCAAAAAGAAUCAGACAUUGAAGUAGCCUCUUCUUGGAACAAUAAAGCGAAUCAGUGGAUGCAGAACGUUGUUAGGUCCGGUUUUACAAACACAGACGAAAUGUCUUAUUAUAACAGAGAAAGGAAAAAUCCAGAGCUAAACCACAGCAAUGGCAUUCACAACAGACACAAAAGGGAAACAUUAGUUAACAAAAAUACGUGUUUUCUCUACUUACAAGCAGACCCAAUGUUAUUCAAUCAAAUAAAUUCAGCUUAUAACAAUGAAGUAUUAGCCAUGAAUGACAUUAUUGGACUGUUUAAUACUCAUGUUGAUGCCAUCAAUACUAUCUAUGCUAAUACGGUGUUUAGAACUUAUGAUAACAGUAUAAGUUACAGUGGAGUAAGAUUUAAAAUACAAAAGAUUAAGAUAAUGACAGACACAACGGAGAAGUGUUCAACCAGCCAAGCAUCUAAGUUUUGCGAUCACAAUACAGAUGUCGUCAACUUUCUUAACCUUCAUUCGCAGUCUAAUUAUUCUGAUUUCUGUCUGGCAUAUACCUUCACAUACAGAGAUUUUUCAAAUGACAGCUUAGGUUUCGCAUGGAUGGGAUACUCCGGUCAACCCGCUGGAGGCAUAUGUGACAAAUAUAAAUCAUUCACAGAAAAUGGAUUAUCAGUGAUGAAAUCACUUAAUACCGGUGUUGUUACUCUUCUGAAUAACAACAAUAGUCUAACACAACGGAUGUCACAAUUAUCAUUUGCUCAUCAAGUAGGACACAGCUUCGGGUCACCACAUGAUAGUGGAAACCUUUGUACUCCGUAUGAUAACAGUGCAGUAGAUGCAGAACAAAGGAAUUACAUUAUGAACGAGGAAUUUAUCAACGGAAAUAUGCAACACAAUGACGAAUUCUCUCCAUGCAGCAAAGAUAAUAUGACGAAAAUGUUAGAUAAAGUUUUUACAGACAGAUUUGGCACAAUAAACUGUUUCAAAAGUAUGUUUCUUUAA